ACUUCAACCCUGACCUAACCGUUAUAUAACCCUAAAUAUGAACACUUGAAGGGUUGAACUUGUUGAAAGGGACGUUAGCCUACGUAGGAGCGAGGCUUGCCUAAGACCCUAUGUGCGGGGCAGAAAUUUCACCCUUGGCCGCACAGCCCCCGCAGCAGCAGCAGCAGCAGCAGCAGCAGCAGCAGUAGUAGUAGUAGUAGUAGCCGGGUAGCGAAAAUCCUGCCCGGACUUUGACAGCUCGGUACUCGACGGCCGGCAGGGCGCUAUGUGGCCAUUAUACUUGAGGACGUGUCAUCGACCAUUUAACUGUAUGACAAUCAGUUUACACGGGAAGAGAACCAUUUGUUUUCAGAUGAAGGUGUUAAGCUGACUUUCUCUCGCUAACGCUAUAUGUAGGUAGCCUUGUAACUAACUGGCAUUGUUAAAAGGUUGACAGUGAGCUAGCAACUUGUUAGCUGGCUAGCGGCAGUGAUCCCACAGCAGAGUGAUGGCUAACGAGGGUUAGUAGCACUGUCUCAGUCUGCCAUCAGUUUGGUAACUACCUUAUUAUUUCCUUCAUAUCUCUUCACAUUUCUAGAUUUAAGACGUGUUCUGGCAGCGCUGUUUGGGCUUCCUCCAGUAAGCCAGUGCUUGUUUUUCCUCUACAGGAUAACGUUAACAGAUGUUGUUUAUCGAGGCUAAGCUUUAGCUUGCUGUCUCUGUUGUUUACAUGUGUGUACAUGGACAGUGGUCAGCUGGAGUGCUCUGUGUGUGGCAUGUGGUGGUCGUAACAAGGCUGGAUCAACUACAGACCAAGCACAGUGGAGACAUGGAAAUGGAGCUGCGAGGUAGCUAACGUCCGUCGGCGUUAGCAAGAACUGUGCAGCCGACUCUCCACCAAAAUGAGGAAGAUUGGGGCUCUAAAGGAGGACAGCUGUGCCAGCUGGACUGUUUGAUUUUCUGUGGGCGUUGGACAAAGGACAGGAGCUUGUUUGUCCAUAUUAACGCUUAACGCGAGGCAAAACUACAUGAGGAGAAUAAGAGAUAAACUUUGCUGUGUCCACCCUUCUGGCGCUGGGAUGAUGAUGAUGAUGAUGAUGAUGAUUAAGACCCUUCUAAUCACCGGUCUUCUUGGCUGGGUGAAAUGUCAAGAGGGCCAGAGCAUGACACCAGAGGAGAAGACUGUUAUCAGGGACCAGAUUCUUGAAAUGUUUGAUCACGCUUAUGGCAGUUACAUGAAAUAUGCUUAUCCAGCAGACGAGCUGAUGCCUCUAAGCUGCAGAGGGAGAGUCCGUGGCCAGGAGCCCAACAGAGGCGACAUAGAUGACUCCUUGGGAAAGUUUUCUCUCACACUGAUUGACACCCUUGACACCCUGGUGGUGCUAAACAAGCUUGAUGAGUUUGAGGACGCAGUGCGGAAGGCUGUGAGGGAUGUACGUCUGGACAACGAUGUGGUGGUGUCUGUGUUUGAGACCAACAUCAGGGUUUUGGGAGGGCUUUUGGGAGCCCACGUGAUGGCUGACAUGCUCCGUCAGCGUGGGGACAAGAUGCAAUGGUAUCAAGAUGAGCUCCUACACAUGGCCAAAGAGCUGGGCCAUCGCUUACUGCCUGCCUUCAACACCACUAGUGGCCUUCCCUACCCUAAGGUGAAUCUGCGGUAUGGCGUCCUGAACCCACUUUCACGCACAGGCACGGAAUCAGACACCUGCACAGCCUGUGCAGGAACAAUGAUCCUGGAGUUUGCUGCCCUCAGCAGAAUGUCAGGAGAGUCUGUGUUUGAGGAAAAUGCAAGGAAGGCUAUGGAUGUCCUCUGGGAGAGAAGACAGAGAGGAAGUGACUUGGUGGGGACUGUCAUCAAUAUCCAUAAUGGAGAAUGGGUCCGCAGGGACAGCGGAGUCGGUGCUGGUAUCGACUCAUACUAUGAAUAUCUGAUGAAGGCCUACAUUCUUCUAGGAGAUAAUGUUUUUCUGGAGAGGUUCAACAUUCACUACAGUGCCAUUAUGAAGUACAUCAGUCAGCCUCCCCUGCUGCUCAAUGUACACAUGCACAACCCAACUGUGAGCGUGCGCAGCUGGAUGGACUCUCUCCUGGCAUUCUUCCCUGGCUUACAGGUUUUAAGAGGAGAUCUGAAACCAGCUAUUGAGACUCAUGAGAUGCUUUACCAAGUCACCAAACAGCACAAGUUCCUUCCAGAGGCUUUCACUACAGAGUUCAGAGUUCAUUGGGGCCAACACCUACUGAGACCAGAGUUUGCAGAAAGCACCUACUACCUCUAUAAGGCCACUGGUGACCCCUACUACCUCAGAGUGGGACAGUCCAUUGUGGAAAAGCUCAAUGCCUAUGCCAGGGUGCCUUGCGGGUUUGCUGCUGUGCAAGAUGUCCGCACUGGGGCACAUGAAGACAGGAUGGACUCCUUCUUUCUGGCAGAGAUGUUUAAAUACCUGUACCUGCUGUUUUCGGAGAAGAGCCAGCUGCCCAUCGAUAUUGAUGACUACAUUUUCACAACAGAGGCUCACCUCCUCCCUGUAUCUCUCUCUACCACCCAGCCGCCCUGUCAAGGCAACACUACGGAGACUGUUCCUGUUUCUCAAGAAGAAGAUCUCUUCACACACUCCUGCCCCAGCACAGAGACGUUAUUUCCCAACAACCCUUCAUUUGCAAAAACCAUCCGGGACAGCUACAAGUACCUCACUGGGGUAGGACGAGCCUUCCGCCCCUCACCUGUCAGGGAAAUUGAACUACCACUCCAUGAUAAUGGCAUGGAGCCAGUGGAGUUUUUGAAAAGCAUGGGCAUUUCUCUCACUCCACUGAAUGAGGUCACAGCAGGAAACAGUGGAAGUCGAAAGGAGCAUAAAGGAGUGUACCGGGUAAAACUUGUGGCAGAGGUAAGCCAAACACCGGAGGAAGAGGAGGUGGUGCCUCAUGUUGUUCAGCUCAUAUCCCCCCCAUUUCUGGGUCGGACAGUCCUCACAGCAGGACCUGCCAAGUUUGGAAUGGACCUCUCCAAACAGGAGCACGGGGUGAAGGGUAGCAUAGUGAAAGCCUCCCCCUACACUGCCUGUGGGCCAAUAGAUAAUGCAGUGGAGCUUAAGGGCCAUAUUGCUCUUGCACUGCGUGGUGACUGCAUGUUUGCUGCAAAGGCUCGUUGGCUACAGGAGGCCGGAGCCAUAGGAGUCAUCUUUAUAGACCACCGUGAGGGAAGUAAUAGUGAGGAAACACCCCUCUUCCAGAUGGUCGGAGACGGAGACUCCACAGACGACAUCACCCUAGCUUUGGUCUUCCUGUUCAGUCGUGAGGGUGCAGUGCUCACGGCUGCCCUGGAGGAACAUCACAAUGUGGAUGUGCUGCUGCUGCCCAAGGAGAGGCAGCUGGGACAUGAUAAGACAGAAAAACCUGUCGGCAUGAAUAUCAAACUCCGCCUGGCCGAGGAGGGGGAGCUGGAGGCAGGAGCAGCCAUUGGGCCCACCCUGGAGUUUGUCUUGAAAAAAGAAGGGGUACUUCUUGAGGAAGAGGUGCUCAGAGGAGAACAAAAAUCGGAGCAGCAGCAGUUCUUCGCAAAGGCAACAGAGAAUGACAGAACUGAACCGUGUUCAGCCGAUUCAUCUCAAACCCCAAACUCUGGACCAAACACAAACCCUUGACCGCUGCAGAUCACGAAGCAGCCAAGUUUCCUAACACUGAUCCCUCGUCAGUUUCUGAAUGGCAUGUGCCUCAGAGCCCCUCACUGCCCUACUUGGAGCCCUAACUGACCCAGCCUGCAUGUUUACAGCCGAUGGAGGAGAGUCAAGCAGUGUGAUGGCCACACUCCCAUCCUGCCUUGACUUUGAAACAUAACGAUGGUUCUAUGUUUAUUAGACAGACAGUCCAGUGUAGCUUGUAUUCUGUCUGCUGCAGGAAAUGAGGGUUUUUAUGAUCUCAUGAGUGUAAACUAGGUAGUUAAUGGCCAAAAACUGUAGGAUGAGACGGCUGGGCUGUUGCUGCCUAAACCUGGCCUCUAGUAUUGCUACUGUUGGCACAUAGAAGGUGUACGUGGUGAUAAUGACGUAGAUCAUUAACUAGAAUUUUUAAAGUGACCUCACCUUAGAGGAGACCGUAGAUAAAGCAACAAAAAUGUUCUCAGUUAUGUUUUUAUGCAAGGCCGUUUGUUUUCAAUCUAGAUUGCACCUUUCACGUCAACAAGUACUGUUGAAUAUUCAGUAAUGGCGAAUUACCUGCCAGUAGGUGGUGUUAGCUACCAUGACCUCUCAGUCAUAUAAUGUCAGUAGGUGAAGAAGAACUGGGGCCAAUUUGGAAAGUUUAUUUUACUUUUUAAAAGUAAGCAACUUCAGGGAAUUACAAGAGUGAAUGCAGUUUGCUAGGUUGACCCAUUUGAUAAAACCUUUGUGCGUGUGUGUUCUGCAUUUCCUUUUUGCUAUGAUGUGUGCGUGUGCGUGCUAGGUGUGUAAUAACUAUAAUAGCCAAGAAUGCAUCUCCGCUAAAACAUCAUCGCUAUCGGAUGUAACCCUCCUAUCUUUUCAAAGUCAUCCUCCAAGGAAUUGAGAAUAAGAAGUCUGCAGGAUUGAUCACCGUGAAUUUUUUGAAAUUCAGUUUGGGUAUUUUUUUUUCUGUAAAAUACUUUUUUUUCUGCCACCAUAAAUAUCUGUGUAAUCAUUGUUAAGUCGUAAUUAAUUAUGUCAUCUUAAAAACACUGCAAAAAUCACCAAAGCUGGUUUACAUGCACCUGAAGUCUAUAUGUACAAUAACCCUGGUUAGCCCCAGAUGCAGCAUCACAGGUUGGUCUGCAGUUUCUGAUUGUUGCGCACUUUGAAACACGGGUAUGAUCAUCUCUGGCAGAUCCAAACAGAAAUGACAGACAACAGCUUGUCUUUGCGAGCGUGUGUCUGUGUGUGUGUGUGUGUGUGUGUGUUUGUUUGUUUUGCAAUAGUGAUGUCUUUUAAGAUUUCUGGAGUACAGCAAGGUUUUUGCAUCAUCCAAAUUGCUGUUGAACUGUAACGUUCAACAUGUACAUUGUUUCCAAAAGACAGACAGAUAAAUAGAUAGAUUAAAAAUACAGUUUUUUGGGCAUUAUUAUGUGUAAUAAUUGUAUGCAACAAUUGACAACAUUUGUUCAUUUCACAUGACUUAUUCUCAAUUACAAUUUGUUGCGUGUUUUUUGUCUUUGACGUACAUGAAAUGUCAGCUGAAGUAUGUGUGGGGAAGUAUGCUUUCUUUUAUGUUUGUACCGUGGACCUUUUCUAGAUGCUGCUGAGUUCAUUUCAAGUCUUAAUCCAACAUCACAUUUUAUUUUUGUGUUUAGUCAGUAUGAGGCACUGCCAACCCGUAUACCUCAGGACUGUGUACGUUACUGUUCACACAGAAAAAAGGACCGUGGACAAGAAGUAGGGAAUUUUUUUGAAUUAGUUUUGAUUCUAUUUAAUUGUGUUAUUUUUUUCUGAGGUUUCUGAUGAUCAAUGGCUGAAGCUCAAAAAGUGCCAAAAGAGAUGCAUGACAUGGCUCCGGUUUCUGUUUCACAUCUUCUCUGUAUUCUGUUUCUUACUGUGAGCUGAGGCAGUCUCGUCAAUAAAUUCCA